UCAAUUUCACCUUGGCAGGUGUUUAACAAUCCAAUCCAACAAAACAUUAAAAUACACACAUUAUUAAUGAGAAAGAGAAACGGUGUAAAACCAGUGUGAUAUAAGAGGAACUUUCUCUGAGGACGAAAGUUUUGUUUGCGAAUUUCACUGAACCGAUGAAUUAAUAGAUGUUAUAACUUUGAUGAUGAAACGGUAUGUAAUCUUCUUAGAACUGAUAUAAUGUAUGAUAUUUUGGAAACAUGGAAUAGGUUGUUACAUUUCACAUAUGUGUACCUCGAAGUUUACUACAUUUUGAUCGAAAGGCGGUGUACUUCCUCUCAUCAAGAAGUUUCCUGCGUCUAACAGUCAUGCCAGAUUAACUGCCAUCAACACACGAGGGAAGUCGCACAUGCUUCUUGAGGUGGGAAAACAACCAUGAAUGACUCACAAAAAGACGACGUCAAAAUGGACAAUGACACCUUGGCCGUGUUUGACAACAAAUUGGCCAGUGAAAUUGUGUCAGCCAUCUAUGUCAUUGUGACCCUUGCCAACCUGAGCGGUAACGGCAUCUCUCUGUUUCUGUUACUGAUGCGCACCUCUCCGAAAACCCCCUCCAUCAUCUUCAUGAUCAACCUCACCAUCACUGACCUGAUAGUGGGCACUGUGCUCCCCUUUCAGAUUGCCUACCAAAUGCAGGGCUACAAUUGGACUUUGGGUGCAGGCAUGUGCAAUGUACUAACGGUGGUUUUCUUCGUUAACAUGUACUGCUCCAUUUUAUUCAUGACUGCUAUUAGCGCCGACCGCUACCUGGGGAUUGUGAAACCGAUGCGCUUCAGAGAAAUGAGGAGGAGGAAAACAUAUGCAAUUUUUGCCUGUGUAUUCAUAUGGCUGCUAGUCCUUGUAAUUCUGAACCCACUAGAAAGCACACAACUGACAUAUGAAGUAAAAGAGCGCAAUAUCACCACAUGUUUUGACGUGUUGAGGAAGGACAUGCUCCCGAGCAUUGCUCACUGGGCGGGCUUCCUUUUUGGCAUGUUCAUCAUCCUCUUCCUCUGUCCGUUCAUCAUAACAGUGUACUGCUACAUUAGCAUCAUCUGCGUCCUGGUCAAAAAGACCAAUAGUCAACAGAAAGGCCGUGCUGUGCGGUUGGCGUGCAUCGUUCUGUUCGUGUUCAUUUUUUGUUUUGCUCCCAAUAACAUAUUACUCUUGGCCCACUCAAUCGCAAGGCUGUUCUACAACAAGUCUCUCUAUAUCUACUAUAAGCUCUCCCUGUCUCUUAGCUGCAUUAAUAGUUGCAUAGAUCCAUUUAUUUACUAUUUUGCAUCGAAAGAGUUUCGUCGGAAGCUGAGGCAAAUGCUGAGGUUGCAGACUCUCAGUACUGGAGAGACGCAAAUGAUUGAGGGUCAUAGAGAAAGCUUUUUCUCUGGACGUACAACGUGCGAUGCAAAUGAAGACUGUGACAAUUUUUAACAUUUCUUUUGUUGUUUUUAACAUGACUUUCAGUUUCUGCUAUUUUUAUUUUAGAGGAGGGGGAAAUGUCAUAAUCAGGAAAAUGUCAUGAUUCAGAUUUGCAGCGGCCACAUGAGCGCUGUUAAAUGAGUCAGAGCGCAAGCACUAACCGCUAGGUCACAGCUCUGGCACAAUUCCUAGUGUUUAUAAUAAUGUAUUUGUAAAUGCAAGCUCUUAGACAGGACGACUUCCUAUAUUUAGUUUUCUUGUUGUUGUCUUGUAGCAUUUAGCUUUUGUUCUGUUUUGAUUUCCUGGCUGAGCAGCUGAGGAAAAGCAUGCUGCUCACAUGCAUUCAGACCGCGUGAUGUUGUGUAGCCUACUUUUUUUCUUUUUUUUUUUGGUAUCAGUCAACCAAGUUCCUACUCACUGAAAGCUUGACAUAUUUGUUUUGUACAUUGAUAUGUGGUUAGAGUCAGCAUCGACUUAACGUGACAGCUAUUUUAGAUGUAUUGAUAACCUGUAAAUUAUUUUUAUACUGUAAAAUAUGCUGUUAUUGUUUAGUUAGAACUCGUUUUCUUUUCUAUGAACCAAACUGUUUUAAUAUUUAUUUUACUUAGGCUGUUUAUAAUGUUCCUGUAUUAUUACAUUCUAAUUCAUUGUUACGUUUGUUAUUUGUUUUUAUUCUGCUGUAAGUAUACAAAGUCAUAUAGGGGCAUUUGUUUUGUCAUGUUAAAUUUAAUAAAUACAUC